CAGAGAUUCUGGCGAGAUAUGGAAAGGAAUAUACGUGGGAGCUUAAAUCGCGUAUGAUGGGGUUACGAGAGUACGAGGCUGCCGUGCUCCUUGUAAAUGAAACUAAAAUUGACUUAACAGCUGAAGAAUACCUUAAGGAACGGAAUGAGAAACAGGCCCUCAGGUUCCCGCAUGCAAAACCAAUGCCGGGUGUCAUGGUGGCAACAAGUUCAAAACGUGAUAAAUUCAAUAUCAAGGCUACCAAUAAUCAAGAGUUAUUCGGUUUAUUUGAUAGUAUUAUUUGCGGGGAUGAUCCCGGCAUUAAAAAUGGUAAACCUGCUCCUGAUCUAUUCCUUGCAGCAUGUGCAAGAAUGGGCAACCCUCCCGUCACAAAAUGUUUAGUAUUUGAAGAUGCGAUCAACGGGGUAGAAGCUGCAAGAAAUGCAGGGAUGCACGUUGUUUGGGUUCCGGAUCCAAAUCUGGCAGCACUGUAUCCAGGUGAUAAUGCAGCGACAAAAGUUAUCUCCUCUUUAGAAGAUUUCAAUCCUGCUAAAUUCGGAUUACCAGCUUUCGGGAAUCAUGAUGAAUCAUGA